AUUUAGUGCGACAAAUUUGAAACAAGCUUGUAGUUAAUUUGAUGUGAAACGAUAUCGAUACAAAACUAAGAUUCAUUAAUUUAGUGAAUGAGAACGAUCAUGUUAAAACAAGUUAAUAACUUCUUAUUAGUUCUAAAUGCUUCUUUGAUGAUAGAUAAUUCUUAUGAUAUAUAACGAAGAAUCCCCAAACAACGUUGUGGGCAAUAAUAAAUUUGAUGUAUAUCAAUUGUUACGAGUCAAUAUCAUGUCUGAGGUGGAAUUCACGGUAGGUGAUUUGAAACAUGUUGCCAAGUAUUUAGAAGACUUAUCAAAGAAUAAGAAGAUCAAGUUCAUGUUAAUUACUCAAACCAACCAUAAAAAUUCCGAUUUAAAGAUUCUGUAUUCAUCACAAUUUUCAGAAGCUCAAAAAGAUAGAGUUUAUUCAGUAUUAUCCGAACCUCAUACCAACAUUGCUACCAUCAAACCAGCACUUACUAUUACCAAAGAUCUAAUCAUCAGUAGAAAACUUACUAAAGACUUAUUCAGCCACUACAAUAAUCUUUUCCACUGUGUUAGUCAAUCCGUUUGCAAAGAAGUAGCUAAACAAUGGAUCAAAAUCGCUGAACCAAAUAAACAAGCUAAUUUUCCUUAUAAGAAUUUCAAUAGAUCUAAACCAGAUUGGUGGCCACAUAAUGUUGAUCAUAUUGAACCUGAUCAUUUGGAUAAAAAUGGUAGAGUUGAAGUGUUAAUUAGUAUUUUAAGGAAUCCUCAUUUCUCAUUACAAGAAAUGCAAAGAAGAACUGCUUCAAUUAAGUUUAAAAGAGAGUAUACUCAGCUGGUGUUAGAUGAGGUUUAUUAUGUUGCUGUUUAUGAUAGAUUGUUCUAUAAUAGAUUUAGAAAUCUUGAUCCACUUUUCAGAGAAAUUGAAGAAUCAAAUAAGGUUGCUUUGGGUAAAGAUUAUAUUAUACUUCCAGUAAGUAAACUUGAAGAUUCAAUUUCAAGAGGACUUAUCAUGGUAAGUAGAUUGAAGCCAGGUGAUAUGAAUAACAGGAUAUUUAAAUUGAAAGGUGGAACCAACCACCAUGAAAAGCUGAGUAAUGAAGGAACUCCAGAUGUUACACCAGAUAUGACCCCACUUUCAUCACCGGUUGUUGUAAAACCAUCAUCAAGAAGAAAGAGACUUAGAAGAUCUACUAGAGAUAUUGUUAGUCAAGGUUCAAGUAGUUCUCCUACUAUCAAAGUUAAGAAGGAGAAUAUGUCAUCAGUUACAGGUCAAAUUCAUUCUGAUUCAGAAGCUGUUGAGUAUGAAGAGUUUUUUGAGAACUUAAAAGAAGAGAGCCCUGAAGUUAGUAAGAUAGAAGAUACUCCUAAUAGUCAAGAUACUACUUUUCAAUAUCAAGGAUCAGAUAUAAUUCCAAGUUAUACAAGUGAUUUAUUUUAUCAUAUUGAUCGUUAUUCAUCUUCAAGUUCAGAAACUUCUUAUAUAUAAAUAUAUAGUAUAUACCACAAAAAAGAGUACUAUUUCCUUUUUCGCAAUCUUAUUCUGGCGGCUAAAAAUGUGUAUAAAUACGCUUUUUUUGUAAUUC